CAAAGGAACCAAGAAACAAACCAAAAACAUAGACUCUUAAAACACAGAGAACACCGUUGCCACGGAGGGUGGGGAAUAAAAUAGGUGAAGGGGACUAUGAGGUACAAACUCCCAGUUAUAAAACAAGACACGGGGAUGCAAAGUACAGCAUAGGGACUAUAGUUAGGACUAUGCAGUAGCAUCGUGUGGUGACAGAUGGUGACUGCGCUUAUUGAGGCCACCACUGAGUGACCUAGACAUUUGUGUUUUGGCAAACUCAAGAAUAAGAGGCAGAGGCGAUGGGGAUUAAAGAUGACGCUCAUCAUGAGGAGCACUGAGUAAUAUAUGGAAUUGUCCAAUCACUAUAGUGCACACCUGAAAUUACGAUAACAUUAUAUGCUAGCUAUAGUGGAAUUAAAAUGAAAACGUUAAUAAACAUUUUAGAAAAGUAAGAAAAGCACACAGCCAGGAGGGCUUCCCUUAACUCCAAGAGAUUCGUUUAUAAAAUGCAGAAGGCUUCCCCUGCAAAGGCGUCUCACCCUCAGAACCAGUGGGGACGACAUAAGGCACACCAGGGAGGGGCCCGGGGUCCUGGAUGGUGACCACAGCUGACACAUCCCCCUCCAUCCCUGCAUCACCUGCAUUAUUCUUUUCUCUGUUCCUGAUGCCCUCCUUUUCCACUGGUCUUCAUCCCCGCCUCUCGCUGGCCUUUCUGCUUUCCCUCCUUCCUGCCUUCAGCUCCUUCCCGCUCAGGGUACUUCUCAUGCACUGUUAGAGCUCUGGACAAAACCCGGGGAUGGAGGUGUGGCCACCUGCCUCCAAGCCCAGCCUUGCCCCCCCCCCCCCCCGGUUGCAGACGAGAGAAUGCUGUGCCGGCUUCUUUGGCCCCCAGUGCCAGCCCUGCCCAGGGAAAGCCGAGAACGUCUGCUUUGGAAACGGGAUCUGCUUGGAUGGGCUGAACGGCACGGGAGUGUGCGAGUGUGGAGAGGGCUUCGGGGGCACGGCCUGUGAGACCUGCACCGAGGGCAAGUACGGCCCCCAAUGCGACCAAGCGUGCUCUUGUGUCCACGGGAGAUGCAGCCAAGGACCCUCGGGUGACGGCUCCUGCGACUGUGAGGUUGGCUGGCGAGGAGUGUCAUGUGACAGUGAGAUCACCAAAGACGACUGCAAUGGGAUAUGCCACACCAGCGCCAACUGCCUUCUCAAUCCGGACGGGACGGCCUCAUGCAGAUGUGCAGCAGGAUUCCAAGGGAAUGGAACAGUCUGCACAGCCAUCAAUGCCUGUGAGACCAGCAAUGGAGGUUGCUCUGCCAAGGCUGACUGUAAAAGAACCACUCCAGGAAGCCGGGUGUGUGUGUGCAAGGCAGGCUAUACAGGCGACGGCAUCGUGUGUCUAGAAAUCAACCCAUGUUUGGAGAACAACGGUGGCUGUCACAAGAAUGCAGAGUGCACACAGACGGGACCCAACCAGGCAGUGUGUAACUGUUUGCCCAAGUACACUGGCGAUGGGAAGGUCUGCACGUUCAUCAACACCUGCUUAACCAAAAAUGGCGGAUGUAGUGAAUUUGCCAUCUGCAAUCACACUGGGCAAGGAGAAAGGACAUGUAAUUGCAAGCCAAACUACAUCGGGGAUGGGAUCACCUGCCGCGGCAACAUCUAUCAGGAGCUUCCCAAGAACCCAAAAACAUCCCAGUACUUCUUCCAGCUGCUGGAACAUUCUGUGCGAGAUCUGAGUGGUCCAGGCCCUUUCACUGUCUUUGCACCUUUAUCUGCAGCUUUUGAUGAGGAACCUCGGAUUAAAGACUGGGACAAACAGGGCCUCAUGCCCCAGGUUCUUCGUUAUCAUGUGAUCGCCUGCCACCAACUGCUUCUAGAAAACCUGAAAUUGACCCCAAAUGCUACCUCUCUCCAAGGGGAGUCAAUCGUCAUCUCCGUCUCUCAGGACACGGUGUAUAUAAAUAAUAAGGCUAAGAUCAUAUCCAGUGAUCUCAUCAAUACCAAUGGCAUCAUCCACAUCAUAGACAAAUUGCUGUCUCCCCAAAACUUGCUUGUCACCCCCAAAGAUGCCUCUGGAAGGAUCCUGCAAAAUCUUACAACAGUGGCAAUAAACCACGGCUACACCAAAUUUCACAACCUACUACAGGACGUGGGCUUGCUGAGCAUCAUCACUGACCCCAUCCACACUCCAGUCACUCUCUUCUGGCCCAGCGACCAAGCCCUGCAAGCCCUACCCCCUGAACAGCAGGAUUUCCUGUUCAACCAAGACAACAAGGACAAGCUGAAGGAGUAUCUGAAGUUCCACGUGAUCCGAGAUGCCAAGAUUUUAGCGGUGGAUCUCCCCAGAUCUGCUGCCUGGACGACCCUGCAAGGCUCUGAGUUGGGCGUGAAGUGCGGCACUGGCCGUGACAUUGGCGAGCUCUUCCUGAAUGACCAAACAUGCAGAAUUGUACAACGGGAACUCUUGUUUGACCUGGGUGUGGCCUACGGCAUUGACUGUCUACUGAUUGAUCCCACCCUGGGGGGCCACUGUGACACUUUUGCCGCAUACAAUUUUUCGGGAGAUUGUUGGAGUUGUGACAAUACCCCCAGCUGCCCGAGGUGGAGUAAAUCAAAGGGAGUGAAGCAGAAGUGUCGAUACUACCUGUCCUUGAGAGGGUACGUGGAAGGCUGCCGGGAGCAGUGCGUCAUGGUGGUUCGGCUCCCCAGGUGCUGCAAGGGCUACUUCGGGCGAGACUGUCAGGCCUGCCCUGGAGGAGCGGAUGCCCCUUGUAAUAACCGGGGGGUCUGCCUCGAUCAGUACUCGGGCAUAGGAGAGUGUAAAUGCCACACCGGCUUCAACGGGACGGCGUGUGAGCUGUGCCUGCCCGGGAGAUUCGGGCCUGACUGUCAGCCCUGUGGCUGCUCAGACCACGGACAGUGUGACGAUGGCACCGCGGGCUCCGGGCAGUGCCUGUGCGAAACGGGGUGGACGGGGCGCUUCUGCGACACUCAGACAGGUCUGUCAUGGGAGUGGUCAGCUGGAGGCAGCACUGUGCUGCAGCGGCCCCUCUGAGAGCAUCCAACUGACAUUGGGGGUCUGAGUGACACCUAAAGAAAACAGAGCAGGUGUUUCCCUUUCCACAAGGAAAAGAUGAUUUGGAUAUGUGGCCCUGGGCCUCGGGAGGUUUGGGGACUUGCAGGAAAAUUGGGUGAAUGGAUUUAACUCAAACCCACGAAACCAGCAUGCAGUCCUUUGCAACCAUGGAAGGGCCCACCUCGA